GCCAAUCUUUUCUGCGUUCGUCACGUACAUACUUUUGUCUCUGUUAAAUCGCAUUUUCUAUUUAUGAGGAGAAUAUGCUUUAAGUUACUAAAAUUGGUAGAAAGGCGAUGGCUACUGAAGUUAUGUCUGUGCCUGAAGUAAAAUCGCAGCCUUACUGGAGCAGAAGAAAGAUUUAUACUUCAAAUGGUAGAGUUCCCGAGCUUAACAAUGGCAAUGUAACGAAAGAUGUGAAUGGAGAUGCAUCGAGUAAUGGAACAAUACCCCUUCAUCGUAAAAGAACGGCUGUCUUAACCAGGAGAAAAACCUUUCAUGGACAAAUCCCGAUUGAAUCAAGAUAUGUAAGUACUCAACCUGCCAAAUUCAGGAGACCUCGCCGAUCGGUAUCUGACGAGAGUACGAUAUCUUCGUCCUCGUCCGUCACGACAGCUAAUGAAGAAAAAUCUGCAUACCAAGAAGCGAUGGAGAAGUUGUCACAUGAUGAACGCUGGAAAAAAGAAAUAGCCCUUGGCACUCGUAUUGGCUUCUACAGGCUUUACAGAGAUGUUGGGAAAGGAAAUUUUUCGAAAGUAAAGAUGGCAGUUCAUUAUCUAACGAAAGAAAAAGUGGCCGUCAAGAUCAUUGACAAAACUAAGCUUCAAACGAAGAACAAACAAAUGCUCAGCAAGGAAGUGUCCGCAAUGGAAUCCAUUCAGCAUCCACACAUUAUCAGAUUGUAUGAAGUCAUAGAAACGCCUGCAAAGAUGUUUUUAGCUAUGGAAUUCGCAGAAGGAGGAGAAUUGUUCCACAGGAUUGCAAAUGAUGGUCGAAUACCAGAAAAUGAUGCCAAAAUCAUAUUCUCCCAGCUUUCUUCUGCUGUUGCCCAUAUGCACAAGCACAACAUCGUUCACCGAGAUUUAAAAGCAGAAAACGUAUUUAUCACUCGAAAAAACCUAAUCAAAGUUGGGGAUUUCGGCUUCAGUACAAUAAUACAGAAUCCCAAGGAAAUACUUCUAACCUUCUGUGGAUCUCCGCCAUAUGUAGCUCCAGAAAUUUUCCAGAAUGAAAACUAUGUUGGUCCAAGCGUUGAUGUAUGGUCACUCGGUGUUCUGCUUUAUUUCAUAGUAACAGCUUCACUGCCUUUCAAGGGAGACACUGUUUCAGUUGUGAAGAAGAAGAUACUCACAGGAAGCUUUACCAUUCCAAAGUUCGUGUCCAAAGAAUGUUCUGAUCUCAUCAACGGAUUGCUGCAAUUAGAUCCUAAUAAACGCUUCUCUUGUAACCAAAUUCGAAACUGCUCUUGGUUGAAAGGUAUACCAUUUCCUAACGCAAACAACGGGAAAAGUCUUUCAAAUGAAAAAGAGAUCAAAGCCAUUUUAGAAAGAAUGGGGAUUACAGAAAAUCUUCUACAAGAGCAUAAAAGCAAAGGAGCUAGGAGUAGUGUUAUUGGAACCUAUCGAAUAAUUGCCCAUAAAAAUGAAGAAAAACAUUGUGCCGAAGAAAUGGAGAAGAAACAAAAGAAAAUCACCAUUUCUUGCCCGUCUUUCAAAUCUAAAACUUGCACAAUUCUCUAGCUGGCACUCGGAUUCAUUUAACACUGUAUUGUUUGUAUUUAACCGUUUACCUACUACUGUUUCCAAAUGAAAACUUACUAUAUUACUAAUGCUUCCCGCCUUAUGAGCCAGUUACGUUUAGAGGUGAUGUGACACAUACGGAAGUGGCAGUUCCGUAUAAGUGGCAUUUUCGGAUAUUAUUCUUGCGAGAACGUGAAAUUUUCUAACAGAUGCAACCAGUUAUGAACUACACGUGACACUUCCGCAUAGCCUGUCAGUAACAAUUAAUCGGCCUUAUUAUUUAUUGACAUGGCAUUUCUUAAGUAGUGCCCAAUCCUACUCUGAAUGUUUCGUGAUUGAGUAUUCUUUCUCGAGUGUUCUGAGCGUUCUAUUAGUUUUUCUUUUCUUUCAUCCUUUUGAAACAUUUCUUUUUCAAAUAUCACAAAGUUUGAACGUUCUUUACAAUGUUUUUUUUUUCGAACA